AUGCACAUUCUUGACCUAGAAGCUAGACUCGACCAGCUCGCUUCCGAGAACCGUUACCUACAGGAUGCCAUCGACCAAACCACGUCUGCCCACCCAUCAAUCCGUGACAAUGAUGGACUGCAAGAUAUGCUUAGAGCACGUGAUUUGCAGCUUCAAGAGAAAGAUGCAGAGAUUCAACAGAUUCGAUCAUUGCUCGAGCCUUUGCAGAGAGAAAUUGCAAAGUUGACCGAGGUCAACAACAAUCUUUCUGAAGUCAACCGUAGCUUCACAGCCAAUAACGAUGUUCCUUAUGCGACCUUGCAGAGUGAACAUAGCCAAGCUCAUAGACAGCUGCAGCAGACGAGUCAGGAGCUCGAAAGUCUCAAGAGACAACAUCAUGAGCUCAGUGAUAACAUGGAAGACAUUGUCCGACAAGAAAUUGCCAAUGCUCUGGAAGACAGGAAUGCUGAGAUUCGGAAGCUGCGUGAGGAACUCGAUGUUGCUAGCCAACAGAUUCGUCUCCUCCAGAGUGAAAUUUUAGCUUCCAAGGGCGACAAUUGGCUGACGAUACGCGAUGAGGAUUAUUUCGAUACCUCAUGCCAGAAGCUAUGUCAGCAUGUUCAGCAAUGGGUCUUGCGCUUCUCAAAGUACUCUGACAAUCGCAUGUGCCGUCUUACCUCGGACUUGACCGAUGAGAAGGUCGCAGCUAGACUCGACAACGCAAUACUGGAUGGAUCUGAUGUCGACAAGCUGCUUGGAGACCGUGUUCGCCGACGUGACGUCUUCAUGUCAGUUGUCAUGACUAUGAUCUGGGAGUACGUCUUUACCAGAUACCUCUUCGGCAUGGAUAGAGAACAGCGACAGAAGCUCAAGUCAUUGGAGAAGAUACUCUCUGAAGUCGGACCUGCACGCGCAGUAGCACAAUGGAGAGCAACUACCUUGACGCUCCUGUCACGCCGACCAGCCUUUGCAACCCAACGCAAUCUCGACACUGAAGCCGUCGCGCAAGAAAUCUUUAGUGUUUUAUCUGCUUUGCUUCCACCUCCAGCACAACUCGAAACACAGAUAUUAUCAUCACUACGUAACGUUCUUCGUGUGGCCGUGGAGUUGUCCAUCGAGAUGCGCUCCCAGAAAGCGGAGUACAUCAUGCUGCCACCCCUGCAACCCGAGUACGACACCCAAGGCGAUUUAGUUCGCAAAGUGCAUUUCAACGCUGCACUCAUGAACGAACGUUCUGGCGACUACACCAGCAACGACGAAUUAGAGCGUACUCAGGCAGUCGUCAAGAUUGUCCUCUUCCCUCUGGUCGUCAAGAAGGGCGAUGACUUUGGCGAAGGAGAAGACGAGAUUGUGGUUUGUCCUGCACAAGUGCUUGUUGCCGGAUCCAAACAGGGCAAAAAGGUUGUCAGAGUGUUGAGUGGAGCUAUGGAUAUUGAUAACCCUAGACGAAGCAACCAAAGCAUCAUUUCAGGGUUGGAGAGUGGAGGUAUGAUUUGA